CUGCCUGGAACUUCAGGCUUGUAGGUGCUCGAGCUGCAGAGGAGGGCGGGUGUCUGAGGGAGACAGAAGGGGAGUGUUUGCGAGUGUGUUUGUGAGAGUCUUCGCCUGUGACAGAACCCGCGUGUGCCUCGGAGUCUGUGGGUGCAGUUCCGAGGCUGGGACAGGAGAAUCAUUAUAGAGAAAUGUGCCUAAUUCUAUCAAUGUGGUUCAGCUAAAGGAUAUUCAAGAACUAUUUUGGAUUUUCUGGAUUCCGUGCUUUUCCAGUAAAGGAAGCCUGAGGCUUGAUCAGCCCUUGCAGGUCUAAAACCAUGGCCCAUGAAUCAAUGACAUUCAGGGAUGUGGCCAUAGACUUCUCUCAGCAGGAAUGGGAAUGUCUCAAUGCUGCUCAGAAGUCCUUAUACAGGGAUGUGAUGAUGGAGAACUAUGGUAACUUGGUCUCACUAGCAGGACAUUCCAUUAGUAAGCCAGAUGUGAUUACCUUACUGGAGCAAGGAAAAGAGGCCUGGACAGUUAGGAGGGAAGAAACAAGAAGAUGGUGUACAGAUUUGGAUUCAAUGUAUGAAAUAAUCAGCUAUGGAAAAAUGCACAUUUAUAGAAAACCAUCUUUUAGUCUGAAUCAGAGAAUUCAUAAUAGAGAGAAACCCUGUGAAUAUAAAGAAUGUGGGAAGACCUUUAGUCAUCAUACAGAUCUUGCAAUGCAUCAGAGAAUUCAUACUGGUAAGAAUCCCUAUGAAUGUAAAGAAUGUGGGAAGUCCUUUCAUCGUGCGUCUAACCUUCUGGACCAUCAGAGAAUUCAUGCUGGUGAAAAACCCCAUAGAUGUGAGGAAUGUGGAAUGACAUACAUUCGUGGUAAAGAUCUUAUAAUACAUCAUAGAAUUCAUACGGGUGAGAAACCCUAUGAAUGUAAAGAAUGUGGAAAAUCCUUUUAUUGUGCAUCAAACCUUCUGCAACAUCAAAGAAUUCAUACUGGCGAAAAACCCUAUAGAUGUGUUAUGGAUCUUAAAGUGCAUCAUAGAAUUCAUACUGGUGAGAAACCCUAUGAAUGUGGAGAGUGUGGUAAGGCCUUUAGUUGUGCUUCACACCUUGCUGAACAUAAAAGAGUUCAUAAUGGUGAGAUAGCCUAUGUAUGUCAUGAAUGUGGAAAGGCCUUUAGUCAAGGUGGAAGACUUAGAAUACAUCAGAGAAUUCAUACUGGUGAGAAACCCUAUGAGUGUAAGACAUGUGGGAAAGCCUUCAAUCAAGCCUCUAACCUUAGGCGACAUGACAGAAUUCAUUCUGGUGAGAAACCAUAUAAAUGUAAAGUAUGUGGGAAGGCCUUUAAUUGUACCUCAAAUCUUGUUCGACAUGAAAGAAUUCAUACUGGGGAGAAACCAUAUAAAUGUAAAGUAUGUGGGAAGGCCUUUCGCCAUACCUCAAGUCUUAUUCAACAUGAAAUAAUUCAUACUGAGGAGAAACCCUGUGAAUGUCAGGAAUGUGGAAUGACCUUUAUUCAUGGCUGUCAACUCAUUCCACAUCAGAGAAUGCAUAUUGGUUUGAAACCCUAUGAAUGUAAUGAAUGUGGAAAGGCAUUUACUCAUUCCUCAGCACUUACUCAACAUGAGAGAAUUCAUACUGGUGAGAAACCUUAUAAAUGUAAAGAAUUUGGAAAGUCUUUUUGACAUGGCCAUCACAGACUAAAUCAUAGACUUCAUACUGGUGAAAAACUCUAUAAAUGUAAGGAAUGUCCAAAGGCCUUUAGUGUGCAUGGAUGACUUAUUCGCCAUCUGGGGAUCCAUAGUGGUGAGAAACCCUUUGAAUGUAACAAAUGCAGGGAGUCCUUUAGGCUUAGUUUAAGUCUUCAGGUACAUCAGAGAAUUCAUACUGGAGAGAAACCUCAUAAAUGUAAGGAACUGAAGAAAAGCAUAUAUAUGGGCUCAUCUGUGCUUCAAGUGUCCCAAGUCUAUAUGGGGGAGAAACCAUACAAAUGUAAAGAAUGUGGGAAGAACUUUAGUCGUCGUUCAGACCUUGUAGUGCAUCAGAGAAUUCAUACCGGUGAGAAAUCUUAUGAAUGUAAAGAAUGUGGGAAGCCCUUUCAUCGUGCAUCUAACCUUCUGGAACAUCAGAGAAUUCAUAAUGGUAAAAAACCCUAUAGAUGUGAGGAAUGUGGAAUGACUUUCAUUCGGGAUGUAGAUUGUAGAGUACAUCAGAGAAUUCAUACUGGUGAGAAACCCUAUGAAUGUAAAGAAUGUGGCAAGUACUUUCGUUGUGCAUCUCACCUUCUGCAACAUCAGAGAAUUCAUAUUGGUGAAAAGCCCUAUAGAUGUGAGGAAUGUGGAAUGACUUUUAUUCGUGGUGUAGAUCUUAGAACACAUCAUAGAAUUCAUACUGGUGAGAAACCCUAUGAAUGUGAAGAGUGUGGGAAGGCUUUUAGUUGUGCCUCACACCUUGCUAAACAUGAAAGAGUUCAUACUGGUGAGAAACCCUAUGUAUGUCACGAAUGUGGAAAGGCCUUCAGUCAAGGUGGCGGACUUAGAGUACAUCAGAGAGUUCAUACUGGUGAGAAACCCUAUGAGUGUAAGACAUGUGGGAAGGCCUUCAGUCAAGUCUCUCACCUUAUGCGACAUGACAGAAUUCAUACUGGUGAAAAACCCUAUGAAUGCAUGGAAUGUGGAAUUACCUUUAGUCAUAGUAAAGAUCUCAGAGUACAUCAUAGAAUUCAUACUGGUGAGAAACCAUAUAAAUGUAAAGUAUGUGGGAAGGCCUUUAGUUUUACCUCAAGUCUUGUUCAACAUAAAAGAAUUCAUACUGGGGAGAAACCCUAUGAAUGUAAGCAGUGUGGAAUGACCUUUAGUCGUGGCUAUCAACUCAUUCCACAUCAGAGAAUGCAUAUUGGUGUGAACCCUUAUGAAUGUAAUGAAUGUGGAAAGGUGUUUAGUCAUUCCUCAGCACUUAUACAGCAUGAGAGAAUUCAUACUGGUGAGAAACCAUAUAAAUGUAAAGAAUGUGGAAAAGCCUUUAUUAGUGCCUCAAACCUUGUGAGACAUGAGAGAAUUCAUACGGGAGAGAAACCCUAUGUAUGUAAGGAAUGUUGGAAGACCUUUAGUCAUGUUGAUAGCCUUAGAAAGCAUCAUAGAAUUCAUACUGGUGAGAAACCCUAUGAAUGUAAAGAGUGUGGAAAGGCUUUUCGUAGUGGCAGUCAACUUACUGUACAUCGUAGACUUCAUACUGGUGAGAGACCAUAUAAAUGUAAGGAAUGUACGAAGGCCUUUAGUGUACAUGGACGACUUAUUCGCCAUCAGAGUAUCCAUAGUGAUGAGAAACCCUUUGAAUGUAACAAAUGUGGAAAGUCCUUUAGGCUUAGUUCAAGUCUUAAAGUACAUCAGAGAGUUCAUACUGGAGAGAAACCUCGUGAAUGUAAGGACUGGAAAGGUAUGUAGACAAUGUACAACAUAUCAGUAGAUUUAUACCUCCAAGAAAGAAUUUAAAUGAAAAGAAUGUGGAAUGACUUUUAGAUAUAGUUCAGUUAUUACAAAGCAUUAAAUAAUUUACACUGUGUAAACCACUCAGAAUAUAAAUAAUGUUUGAAGCUUUUUAGUUGUGACCCAAAUGUUCAGAGAACAUUUUUAUAUACCUCAGAGAACUUUAAUAUAUUUUAUAUAACAUAAGAAAGCCUUCUCAGGCAUUUCGCUAUUUAGGGAUUAUCAAAUAUUCAUACUAGAGGAAAAUUCAAGGAAUAUGGAUAUCCCUUUCUUCUUUAUGCUUUAUGUAUAAAAGCCUUCCAGCACUAAUCAGCUAUUUUUAAACUUGAGGAAACCCAUCCCACAGCGAGCCCCUGUUAAUCCAAAAAAAUUGAGAAAACCAUUAGCCAUGGUACGUACCUUAUCACUAAUGAUUGCUAUUCUGCUCUUUUCAACUUAAGUGAAUUGGGACAUAUGUGACGUUUAUCCCCUCUGGGAAUAAUUUGUAAAUGGUGAUAACAGCACAUACAUUAUUGUGCUGUUGUCAGAAUACAGAAAAUUUAGAAGCUAUCUCACACAUAGUCUAUGUUCAAGAACUUAUUAAUCACUAUUUUAAAUAAUAGUGUUAUUUGUGUUACUAUUAUCAAAGUAUUAUGAGGUAAAGCCCUAUGGGUGUAAUGAAUUUAGAUAAGCCUCCUUUAACUACUUGUUCUUUUUCAACUUGAAAUAAUUCUUUCUAGAUGAAAAUCUAAUAAAUGUAAAGAACAUGAGAGGAUUUAAAUCACAGAAUUUUAUUGGAGCACUGACACACUUACUCAUUUACAUAUUAUGUGUGGCUGCUUUCACACUACUAUAGCAGGGUUGAGAGGUUGUUGCAAAGGCCAUAUGCCCCCAAAGCCUAAAAUCUUUACUACUUGGUCUUUUACCAAAAACCUUACCAACAGCUGUUUAGAACAACAUCCUUACCAUUGUUUUCAUGACUGGCUUUUUGAAGAGUGCAGGAAAGUUGUCUUGUCAGAUAUUCCACUUUCUGGAUUUUUUUUUAUUUGUUUCCUUAUGAGUCUUUUAUCUUUUCUUCUAUCCCUCUUAGUUGGAGUACAUUUGAAGUCAAACCAAGAGCUUUCAUUGGGUUCUGCUUAAACGUUUUUGGCAAAAAUACUUCAUAUGUGCUGUUGUAUAUAUUAAAAAGCAUUUGUUGGGUUUUCGCAGUAUGAAUAAUGUGAAUUGUUAUAUUCUAUUAAUGUAGAAAUCCAUUUUGCAGUUAUUAAUCAGGUUGAUGUAUUUUUCAGUCUCCCUUUGGAAAUCUGUAAUUUCAUGUUCAAUUCCUGAAUUAAAUAGAAAAUUAAAUUUGAAACUAAGCCCUAUUCAGAAAGCAAUGAUAAUGAAGUGCCUAUGUAUCAGAACUUACGGGAUGUUGGUAACUUCUGCUCCUUGGAAAUUUAAUAUGCUUCAAUGCAUGUAGGAAACUAAGAAUGAAGGCUGGAACGUUCUCUUUAUCGCUUUAUCUCCAGAACCUCUUCAGUGUCUGACAUUUGAUAGGCAUUGACAAAAUUGGUAAAAUAAUGAAGCAUUCAACCACACAAAACUAGAAAAAGAACAAAAUAAACCCUGAGCCAACAUAAGGAAGUAAUAAAAGCAACUAAAUAGUAACAGAAAUAGUACUCUUCAAAAGUUUUAUUGUUGUCAUUGUUUCUGUGAAAAGCAAUAAAUACAUCUAGAAGCUAGAUUUUAGUGACUUAAAUGAAACAGUAAUCUUGAACCAAGGACUUUAAAAUUUUUCCAUUAGAAAUUCAUUAACCAAGUCAACUAGUCAUUGUUAAAUCAGCUCCAGGAACAAAAUCAGAAUGUAAUUAAUGAUAGUAUCAUUAAUAAAAAUGGGGACAUCUGUAAAUAUGGAGGAAACAUUUUAAAAUGUAAGAUAAUGCUUAUUAAGUUUAUUCCUGUUUAUUUAGAAAUCUAGAGAGAAUUAUUUUCAUAGAAUAAGUAAUUUAUCAAAAUUGACUUAAGAUGUUCUUAGAAAUUAAAAUUUCUAAAUUGAAAAAAAACAGGAAAACAAUCUUUCCCUUUUAACCAUAGCAUUUAAAUUUGGUACCAUCUCAGAUAAAACUUAAAUAAGGAAAAUUAUUUCUAACAAAAUUUUUCCAGCUCAUGGCUAACAUGGAUUUCUUACUACAAUAACAAAUCUCUAUUUGGAUAGCUCCUAAAAACCAAAAGCUGUAGUGGUUUCCCUGAUAAAAUUAUACACAGAAAAUCUAAAUACUUUAUCACCCAAUGGAACUAAGGAUAUACCAAAAGAACUAUGAACUAAAAAAGUUUAUGUCUAGAGUAUCCAAGACACAGCUAUUCUGGUUUAAUUAUAAACUGGGAUGAAUGACAAAACAAAAAUCUAGUGCUGUCUAGAUUGAGGUUAGCAAACUAUGGCCCAUGGGCCAACCACCUGUUGCAAAUAAAGUUUUAUUGGAACACAUGUUCAUUCACUUACAUAUUGCUUGGAUGCUUUUUUGUAACAACAGCAGAGUUCAGUAGUUUGGCCCGCUAGCCUAAACUAUCUGGCCCUUUCAAAAAAAUUCCUGACCUGUGGUCUAGAUUCAUUAGUUUUUCCAAACUAUUUGAUUUUAAGAAUGGUUUGAAUUAUAGAUAUCUAAUUUCUUGAAUAUAAAAGGCACUUUUUUUUUCAUAUUUUGCUAUUUUAAAUCACUUCUAGCCAGAUAACCACCAUGAAUUAGAAAUGUGAAAUGUCUUCCACUGGUAUUUUCUGGCACUAUCAAGAAAGUAUCAGCAUCAAAGCAUAUUAGUUUUUAUGAAAUACUGCAUGUAUGUGUUCUUGCACAAUUAGAAUUCAGGUAAAAGAGUUAAUACCAUUUGAAUUAAAAUGACUGAUGAAAAUCUCUAA